AUGGCGACUACCGACGCCCCUUCACGGCCGAGGACCUUGGUCCUCUGUUUUGAUGGCACUGGAAACAAAUUCUCAGGGACAGAGGCAGAUUCCAAUGUCCUCAAAAUUUUCCGAAUGCUGGACAGCAGUCAGGGGGACCAGUUUCACUAUUACCAGCCAGGAAUAGGCACCUAUGUCUCUUCUUCAACCUUCUCAAACACUGGAUUUUACUCCAGGAUGAAGUCUGCCAUGCUCAAGGCAAAGGAUUCAGCCGUUGGCAGCUCGUUUGCCGACCAUGUAAUGGCUGGCUACCGGUUCCUAAUGCGCUACUAUGCGCCGGGAGAUAACAUGUAUUUCUUUGGAUUUAGUAGAGGCGCGUAUAUCGCCCGGUUCCUCGCAGAGAUGAUUGACUAUGUCGGCCUCCUAGCCGCCGGUAAUGAGGAGCUGGUGCGCUUUGCCUGGAAGAGCUAUGCCAAAUGGCAGCAAAGAGACGGCAAAGGGGACGAAUAUCAUGGUGAGAAGCUGAAGAUGUACAACCAUAUGAAAGCGUUUCGUGAGACGUUCAGUCGGCCGGUAAAACCUGUGCGAUUUAUUGGUAUAUUCGACACCGUCAACAGUGUUCCCAGAUUCGAGUCAGCUUGGAUGCAGAGGAGUAGGUUCCCAUAUACCGCAAAGACAUCGGCCAGAGUUAUCCGACAUGCGGUUGGUAUCGACGAGAGGCGGGCGAAGUUCCGACAGGAUCUAAUUUCUCAGAUGAGGGAUAUCCAUUUGAAACAUAGUCACCACCAUCAUCAUACCCAUCAUGAUCACAAGUCCGUCUUCAGUAAGUUGGACCCUCGCAAAUGGGUUCGGGGCAAACGCAAGGAUAAUAUCCCAAAUGUUGUUAUCAAUAGCCCGGAGGCGAACGAUAAACAGACCAACGGCACUAGUAAUAACCGAGCCACAAAUGGAGAGCCCAAUGCCUUAAGCGCAGAGAUAGACCGCAACCGGCCAAGCGGCGGUAGAUUCAGGCCACCGUCCCCAGCUCCUAAUUCAAGGCUUGGGGUACCUAAGCUCCCUGUGCCUGGGGCUCAGUCGGGGGAAGAUGCCAUCUCAGUUGUGGAGAGCUGCCAUUCGAAGAUUUCGAUGCCGGUGCCUGGACUUGAAAACGGGAGCGAGGAUCAGGAUAUCCAAGAGGUCUGGUUCCCGGGAGGCCAUGCAGAUAUUGGUGGAGGAUGGGAGCUUGCCAAAGACGAGCUCUGGCAGCUUAGCCAUACACCUUUAGUUUGGAUGGUCAAUGAAGCGCAAGCAGCAGGCUUGCGAUUCUGUCCUCGCGCGCUAAAGCAGUUUGAAUGUGAUGAAUUGUACUCCGGUGAAGUCACACCAGUGCAACGCUCAUCCUUCCAGUUCGAUGACUAUGAAGCACUGCAAAAGAAGUGUGUUCUCGAAGCAGGACUUCUUGAUAAGGAAUUGGAUGAGGAAGCGAUUCGAAACUCAUCUCGCAAAGUGACCGCAUCCGAAUCCUUCCUUGCUGCCCUCCACCUCUCUAGCACUCAGGGUCAAAUGCAUGACUGCCUAUCAUAUAACAUGGGAGUCCCCCGGCUUUCAGUGGCCCUUUGGUCAUUGAUGGAAUACCUCCCCUUCAGGCGUAUGGAUCUUCAAGUAGAUGGGUCGUGGAAGCCCAUCCGCUGGCCAUUGCCCCGGGGUGAAGUCCGUGAUAUUCCUGAUGAUGCCCAGAUCCAUGUGAGUGCUAUACGCAGGCUGCAAACCCGAGACGACUACAGGCCCGGAAAUCUCAUUUUGGGUGGAGGUGGCCGUGGAAUCAAGAGGCUGCCCAAAGACCAUCACAUUGGGGAUUGGGAAGUGCAUAGUAACGAAGGAUGUCCCAUCAGGGAAACCUAUAUUCGCCGGAAGGUUCCUAAGAACGGAUCAGAACAGAACGGGAAUAAGUGUCGCGGAGAGAAGGGACACAAGCAUUAA